AUGAACAUUAAAAACUUAGACGAUGUAAAAUACAGAAUUCAUAAAAUUAAAGUUUUGAACGAAAAUGAUAGGAAGGCAAAAGCAAUAUUGAAGAGGGCAGCUGAUCAAGUGCAGCCUAUAAUGAGGAAGAGAUGUUUUUCGGUUGAGUUGCUUUCCGAAUUUUUACCCAGGAGCCCAAAAUUGUUAGGCCUAAACAUUGUAACAAAAUCAGAAAUUAAGAUACGGCUGCGAGAAAAAAAAGGUGGGCAAAUAUUUCAUUUUAACGAAAUAAUAGGAACGCUACUUCACGAAUUAGCACACAUAGUACAUAGUCGACAUGACAAGGCAUUUUACGAGUUAUUGGAUAGGCUAAUUUUAGAAUAUAAUGAAUUAUAUGUUUAUAAUAAAAAACAAGAUGGACCAAGUAAAGGAAAAAGAAUAGGUGGAAAUGAAUUCCACAUUUGUACUGGUACCCCUAAAUUUAUGGCAGCACAAGCUGCUGAAAUGAGAUUACUAAACAAUUUUAUAAACAAAGAUGGAGAAAUAUUAAAUACAUCCCUUGAAAGUUGUUUGACGACAGAACAGUGUGAAAAUUUGUUUAAAAAUAGAAAAGAACGUGAUGAUAAAAUAUGUUCCUUAUCGGAUGACAUAAUUUUGAUUAAUGGGACAGUCGAAUCCUCUAACUGUGGGGAAAAUGAAAUUAUAGAAAAACAUCAGAGCACAAAAAAUGAUUUAAAAUCUAUAAAUGCGUCGAAAAACACUAAUAAAACCUUUUUCAAUUCAAGUAUAAAUUAUAUAAAAGAUGAAAAUUUGACACAUGCACAUUCGCAAGAUGGUAGUGGAAAAUCUUUUAAUGUAUUAGGCAACAACCAGAAAAUGAAACAAGAUUCAUCUGAUAAGGGGUGUAAAGAAAAUGCUAAAACUUUAUUUAGCAAUAAUGGCAGCGACUGUGUGCAUAUAUUAAACAUAAAAAGAGGUUACAAUAAUCUGAAAAAUUCAGAAAAUAAAAAUACUUUGACAAUUUCAGAUAACACAUCUGUUAAGAAGGAUAAAAAGAGAAAAGUUAUUAUUCUGGAUUAG